GAUCGGAGAUUUCCUCUGAGAACCUGGCCCGGCUUUCUCUGUCUCUCUUCUCCAUCUCUCCCUCCAUCUUCUCCAGUUGGCACAACCUGAGCCGCUCUUGUUCUUCGAGGUAAAGCCGCAUCUGCUGAAAGGCCGACCUGGUCUGCUGCUUCUCUAACUCCAACUGGGCCCAAAAGAUCCGGCUCCUCUGGUCCUCCGCCUUUUUCUCUUUCUUCAGCUCUUCUUUCUCACGUUCCAGACCCUGAAGCUGGGCAUGGAUCUUUUCCCGGUACUCCAGGAAAACCACCUCCAUGAGAAGGAAAUGGUGGUUUCGGUGGCCCAGGGACGUGCCGCACUCCAAACAGAUGGCGACUUGGUCCUCGUGGCAGAAGAGCUUCAGGGGCUUCUGGUGCCUUUCGCACCUACCCCACUUUUUCCCCUUGGCUCCUUUCCCCCCUUGAGCUUUCUUGACGAACAUCACGACGUUGGCCAGCUGCCGGGUUGGCACGAAGGUCUCUUGCUGGAACACCUUUCGGCACUGAGGGCAAGAAGGGGCGUCCAUCUCCUCCCACCACUGGGUUAUGCAGGCCUGGCAGAAGCCGUGCCCGCAGCCCACGAUCACGGGCUCUUUUAAAAAGUCCAGGCAGAUGGGGCAGGUCGCCUCCUGCCGUAACUCCUCCAAGAGACUCCCGGCUGCUGCAGGGCCCGGUUCUCUCUCCUUUUGGGGAAACCCAGGCGAGGAUGGGCACCGCGGCAUGGUCCUUGGGCACCCCCCCUCCAUGGCAAGCAGGACGCAUCAGCUUGCAGCAGUCUGGGAUUUCUGGAGUCCCCUUAGAAAGUGCUGCUCAAAAGGGUCGUCGACGGCCUCCAGAGUUCGCUGACGCCUGAGCGUGCCCAAAGCAGCGCGGGAAAAGUAAAAGUUCCGUGCAAAGGUUUUAAUUGCCCAAACUCGCUAUUAUUCAAGAGGGUUUAACUGGUGCAAAAAAAAAAUGCCUGAACGGGUUUGGCAAACGUUAUACCGCGCCCGCAAAGAGAAACGCGUCUGCACCGGUCCCAAGAACGUCUGAAGCAUCUUUAAAAACGACACGUGCCCGUGGGUACGCUCCCGCCCAUCUUCCUCCCCCGGCGCCCGCGGGGAACACUUCAAUAGAGAGAGAGGAAAGUUUGCCAAAGUCACAGCGUUGGGAUUGGCUCAGCGCCCUGACGUCACAAAGCCCCCCCCUCGUCCUCCCUCGGGAGCUUCGCGGAUUCAUAAAUUAUUUUAAAGAUGCGCGGAGAGUCCAUCUGCCUUUGCAGCUCUUACUCCCGCCUACAGAGUCGCUCCAUUGGCCGGCGGGAAUACGAGCCUGUGGUCUGAUUGGCAAAAUCCUUCCCACGUUUCAGAAGACAUCAGCAAGGCAGCAGCAGGUUACCGCUGGCUCUUCUCUCUGGCUGCAGCAGAAAAGUUCUGCCUUAGAAAGAAACUUGCGGUGGUUGUCAGAGGGAACUAGGGAACAGGAGGAGACCAGAUGAAUCCCUUCUGGAAGGCGCAGAAUCUGUCCUCUUCCUCAGCAACUCUGACAAUCCUGAUCUUUGCCUCCUUGCUCAAAGGUCUGUGGAGCCAGAAUGCAGCCUAUAACCUGACGGUUCCCGCCUCUGUCUCCGUGCAACGUGGCCUCUGUGUUCACAUUCCCUGCAGCUUCACUUAUGAUCAGACAGACAGGACCAACCCUGAGAAACUCUAUGGUUAUUGGUUACAAUACAAAGAUGGAGAGGGGCACUAUUUUGCCCACCGCUCCUAUGGCUGGGCUAAAGGUAUUCUUGUGGCCACAAAUGACGAGAAGGAGACCUGGUUCUCUGUGAAGACCCGUUUCAGCUUAACAGGCGAGCCGGAAGAAGGCAAUUGCUCCUUCAGCAUCCUGGAUGCCCGCUCAGAGGACGCAGGGGAGUACUACUUUCGAAUUAAGAACAGCGCUUUGGGAUACAGCUACGUGACUCAAAAAGUCCAAGUUCACGUGACAGAGUUAGAGAAACCACAGAUGUGGGCCUCAGCGGCGGUACUUUCUGGGAAGGAAGCUGUUUAUACUUGUUUGGCACCAGGGCCCUGCAUUAAGAUUGAGCCCACAUUUUCAUGGCAUACCCGUUUGAGAAAAUACGGAAGGACUCAGUGGAGCCAACAGCACAGCAAUGGCAGUUGGACUUAUGGGUCCAAUUUCACCUUCACACCCUCCCUCAAUGAUCAGGGCAAAUGGCUCACCUGCAAGGUCCAGUACCCUAAUAUAUGGAAAACAGUUGAGAAGUUCAUCCAUGUUGAUGUUGCUGAUCCACCCAAGACUGUCAAAAUCUCCACAAAUGCUACAGAUCACGGGCAUCUUGCUUCGUGCUCCCGGGAAGCCAGUGGGGAUCUGGAUGCUGCAGUGGCCCAAGAGGGUGAAAGCAUCAGCCUGCACUGUGAGGCAGAGAGCAGACCUGUCCCCACCCUAAGCUGGAGGAAGGGGAAUGACACCCUCAACUGCACCAGGCAGGGCAUGGAGUGCGUUCUCUUGCUGCCGGAGCUCAGACCAGAGGAUGCUGGGAAGUACCAGUGCCAGGCAGAAACCCCCUAUGGCUCAGCCACGAAGACCCUGUGGUUGUGUGUGCAAUCAUCCCACAAUAACAUUUGGGGGUCUUCAGCAAUCCUCUUCUUGAUAAUCCUGUGUUUGUUCAAGGUUUUGUUUUGUUUCGUCUUCUUCUCGGCCAUUCGUUUUGCAAACCAGAGGAAGGCUCCGUUGAGGGAAAAGCAGCCCACGAUGAAAGUGACGUGAGCUGGACGAUCUACCACACUUCCUUUGCCCAUGACAGGCAACGGCAUCUCAGAAAUGUUUUAAAAAGAAACGUAAGGGAGUGGUUGAAGGUGUGUAAACAAGAAGGUAAAAAUGCCCACUGCUAUUUAGAAGAUUCCCACAAACUAACGAAGGGCAACCGUAUCAUCUUUUUAAAACGAAGUUUGAGAAAUCUGUCAGUAUCGUUUACCGUACUUAAAAAGUCGGGAAAGACAACAAAAGUCAGUUUUGAGGGAGGAGAAGAAGCCCUCAGGGUCACUACAGUAACUGUCCAAAAUAGAAUGUAUGAAGAUGUCUUUUAAAAAAUAAAAGCUGGAAGAGAUUCUCCCACCCAACGGGUGGUGAGUCUGUCGGCAUUAGAGGAAGGGAAUGUUUAGUUAGUCAAGUCAGGGUUGUUAUUUUCUUUGCAUCACCUUUGUUGUUUCUACCUUUCACUGUUGCACUAAUAAUUAAACCCCACUUGUUUAUUUAUGAGCACUUUCAAUAAACUUGUUGUUAUACUA